CUCUUGCACAUUUUUAGGUUUUAUUUUAUCAUUUUCUAAACCCUCUUUCGCAACCAGCAACUCUCUCUCUCUCUCUCUAAGAUUAUAUUUAGCUCCGCGAAUCUCAUCGUCAUCGUCAUCGUCUUCGUCGCGUCUCCUUCUUCCCCCGAUUCAAUCCAAUUCCGAUUCGAUUCCUCUACAUACGAGAAGAGAUCUCAAUCCCGGAGCAAACAUCGUAAUCAGGAUUCAUUCACCCCAAUUAUAGAUCUCGAUCGAUUGCUUUCUCCCCCCCCGAUUCGAUUCGAUUCGAUUUAGAUGCUGGGUUUAUCACACAAGGAUGAUCACUCCUCGUCUGGGUUUUGGUCCAGUGACGUCGAUGGUGUCAGCUACAAGCAGCUCGACAAGUUCUGGAGUGAGCUGUCUCCGAGAGCUAGGCAGGAGCUUCUCAGGAUCGACAGGCAGGCUCUCUUUGAGCAGGCGCGCAAGAGCAUGUGCUGCUCUAGAUGCAAUUCACUGCUUCUAGAAUGCUUCUUGCAGAUUGUUUCGCAAGGAAGUAGCAAGUCCUCGCCGAAAGAUCAAACCUUUCUCUCCCGUAACUUUUGUAAUACCUCAGCUCUGAGUCAAUGGGGAGGCCUCGCCGCCGCGAGGGACGGAUCGCUCACGGUUCUUGAUUGCUAUUUGUAUGCCAAAUCUUUCAAAGUGCUGCAGAAUGUGUUUGAGAGUGCACGUGUGCGAGAGAGGGAGCGUGAGUUGCUUUAUCCUGAUGCUUGUGGUGGUGAUGGAAGGGUUUGGAUAAGUCAAGGUUAUGGCAAAGGUUAUGGAACAAGAGACUCUUGUGCUUUGCAUACAACGUGGCUCUCUUGUGAGACGUUAGUUGAUUUUUGGUCUGCUCUAGAAGACGAAAGCCGACAGUCACUUUUCACUAUGAAAGAAGAGGAUUUCAUUGAUAGACUAACUUCCAGAUUUGACUGCAAGAAGUUUUGUAGAGACUGCAGAAAAAAUGUUAUCCGGGAGUUUAAAUCGCUCAAGGAACUUAAACGAAUGCAAAGGAAACCACAAUGUACCGAGUGGUUUUGUGCUGCCGAUACAGCCUUUCAAUAUCAGGUGGGAAGUAAUUCCGUUAGAGCAGAUUGGAGUCAACAUUUUACUGAGAAUGCUGGAUAUCAUCAGUUUGAGUGGGCUAUUGGAACUGAAAAAGGCGAAACCGACAUCCUUGAGUUCAAACGAGUGGGCAGUAAUAAGAGUGCCCAAGCCAGUGGCCUAGACCUUCAUGGGUUAAAAGAAUGCUACAUUACUCUUAGGGCAUUUAAGAAAAAUGGUCGCUCCUCCGAGAUAUCAGUCAAAGCCCAUGCAUUGGGAUGCCAACAAUGCGUUCAUUCAAGGCUUGUGGUUGGGGAUGGAUUUGUUACAAUUAAAAGAGGGAAAUGCAUCCGAAUGUUUUUUGAGCAUGCCGAAGAGGUUGAGGAAGAAGAGAAUGAAGUCGCGAUGGACAAAGAUGGGAAUGAGCUUGAUGGUGAGUGCUUCCGUCCACAAAAGCACGCUAAGAGUCCAGAACUUGCUCGAGAGUUUCUUCUAGAUGCUGCAAUGGUUAUAUUCAAGGAGCAGGUUGAAAAGGCAUUUAGGGAUGGUACAGCCCGUCAAAAUGCCCACAUUAUAUUUAUCUGCCUCUCAUCGAAACUACUAGAACAACGUGUUCAUGUUGCCUGCAAGGAAAUUAUCACCUUGGAGAAGCAGAAUAAGCUUCUUGAGGAAGAAGAAAAAGAAAAGCGUGAAGAAGAGGAGCGAAAAGAGCGGAAAAGAACAAAAGAAAGGGAGAAAAAACUUCGUAGAAAAGAGAGGUUGAAGGAAAAAGAGCAGAAGAACCCAAAGUUUAUUGAUAAGGAACGAGAAAAACGAGCAGAAGAAGGCUCUAUGAAUCUUGAUGAGGAGUCAAACAACACCAUAAACUGUGAGGACACAGGAAUUGAAACUGGAGAUGUAGAAUUGUCUUCACCUGGUACUCCUGAUGAUCAAGAUGGAGAGUGUUUGGAUGGUUGCAUUACUUCAACCGCGGAGACCCACUAUUCUGAUAGCACUGAUAAAGAGAUUAUAGAUCAUGAAAAUGGGUGCUGUACAAAUGAUAGCCCAGGACCUGUUCAUCAGACGGAAAGAUUAUGGAUAGAACGGUCUUCAAGACAUCCUAAUGGGUCAAAUAAAAAUCUGAGGGUGAAAGCUUCGAAGCCUGGUGGUAAACCAAACAGCAUUAGGUCUCAUCAGGGGUUUCAGUGUUCAGACAAGAGGAAUGGUGAGAGGUACGAUGACCAUUCUUGCAGUUACAAACCCAGUAAUGGAUACUGGGAAAAGGCAGAAUCUAAUAUAUCGGCAGCCAGAGGUAUGCCAGUAACUGUGAGAAAGGUUUUGGACUCCACGCAGGUGAAGCAUCCGCGAAACAGCUCACACUCUGAUGCAGAAGAGGUUGUCGAUGUUAGUUUCGCUGUGAAGUUAGCUGAUACACAGUCUGAAUGCAAUGCUUCAGAAAAGUUGGGUAGUGAUUGCAUCAGGUUUUCUGGUAAUUAUAUUAAUCCAAUUGAGGAAGACAAGAAGAUGGAAGUUCACUUAAUAUCGAAGAAUGAUGACAUGUACUCGAAAGAUCCUAUAAUGAGUAGAAGCUCCAGUUCAGAUAAUUGCUCUUCAUGUCUCAGUGAAGGAGACAGCAAUACAUCGUCUUCAAACAGCAGAAACACUGUAUCCUCCCCGAUGUCUGACUUGGAAGAGAAACUAGUGGACAAUGAAAUGCAUGACUGUCACGAGAAGAUGAUAGAGAAGGAGACAGAGAAGAGUAUCGAUGAAAGAGACCUUCUAAGGAUUAAGAAAAUGUCCAACCAUCCAGUUGAAAACGAGGAAAGUAAAUUAUCAGAAACUCCUUCUACGGUUCUUAGCCAAAGCCUGGACAAUACGGUACCCAGUGUUAUAACUGGUUCCUACCUGUCCCAGCCACAAAGCAUGAUGUUUCCUCAAAUGCUUAACCAGAGUAUACCGUUGCCUGUCUUCCAGUCUCCUGCAACAAUGGGUUACUACCAUCAAGCUCCAGUCUCUUGGUCUGCAGCUCCAGCCAAUGGAUUGAUGCCCUUCCCUCAUCCUAACCAUUAUGUGUACGCAGGUACUCUUGGAUACAAUCUGAAUGGAGAUUCACCGUUAUGCCUGCAGUACGGGACCCCAUUGAACCAUUCAGCAACCCCUUUCUACAACUCCGGGCCAGCUCCCCUUUAUCAUCCGUAUGCUGAAGUCAACACUGUUGAACAAGUUCAAACUCUUGAGCCACUUGAGCACAGUUAUCUGAAGGAAGCAGCAGAUGAAAGGAAAAUAAACAGAAUGUCUCCAGUGAAAACUCCAAGCAGAAGAGGUCAGGAAACUGAUAGUGGCGAGGACUUCUCCUUGUUCCACUUUGGUGGGCCGGUUGCUCUUUCUACAGCAAGUAGGUCGAAUCCUGCUAAUCCCAAAGAUGGGGUUUUGGGGGACUUCUCCUUGCAGUUCUCGGGAGACCAUGUGUUUGGCGACAUUAAUAAGAAGAAGAAAGAGAGGACAGUAGGUGAAGAGUACAAUUUGUUUGCGGAAAGUAACUGUUUGAGGUUUUCUCUCUUCUAAGAGGUUUAUACUGUUUACUGGAAAGGGUUUAUACAGUUUACUUUGGACUUGUUUGGUGGUUUAUUUCAUUUCGUGUAAAGAUCCUCUGCAAGAGUUUUUUUUUUCUUUAUUAUUUUCAAAGAUUCAGAUUUAUUUAAAAUGAAUAAUUUCAAUACAGAAGACGAUCUAUAGAU